CGUUAGCGUGCGUCCGGUCAUCCCGCCGGUCGUUGUCCUUCGGUGGGUUCGCAAAUCUUUGCAGAAUUGUAUACGUAAUCCGUCGGUGGGUUGGUAAAUCUUUGCGAGGGAAGAGGCACGAGCGGCGUCGCCAUGGCGAGCACCACCUUCCGUGGUUUGAACAGCGGCGAGCUGUACUGCCGAGUCGUGUCCAAGCAGGCAUCUUCAGGAACUGCUCCAUGCGCGGUGGUGUCUCACCUGAACGCGGACAUGGCAACCUUUCUCAGUCUGCCGCUGCCGGCGCCGUCCGAGCACACUGCCAAACGAGCAUUCCUUCGUGCCCACCGAGCGCAGCGCCGGCGAAAAGCUCAGUUCCAGAUCGAUCACAUCCGCGCCACGGCUGCCGCUGUGGCCUCUCCGACGACCACCGCAGUGCACGUGGAAGCGCUGAGUUGCACGGCAGAAAGCUACGUGACAGAGUUCGCGUCCUGUCGACGCAUCGUCGACGAAGCUUUGAUGGGGUACGUGCUGCGGUUCUACGCGACGGUCGAAGCGGAGCGGCGGCACAUUCACCAUGUACGGGCCAUGGCGCAAGCGGUGGUCGACGCCGCCUUGAACCGUGCCAAGCGCAAUCUGCACCUCGACAUCUUUGCCCUCUACUUGGAAUCCGACUCUGCCGGGCAAGUACAGUUUCGAAGACUCGACCCGUCCCAUCCCCAGGGCGUGCGAUGUCGCCGCGCGGCACUCGAGAACGCCAGGUCCCAUGCCCCUCGGAUGCAAGUGGUCGACGUGUAUAAAAUUGAAAACCCAACCGUGUUAGACCGCUUCCAGUCGAUCGUGGCGUCGCUGCCGUCUCCAAAAGUAAAGGGACUGUUUUGCACCGUGCCAGCGACUGCGAUCGAGCGGUGUGUCGCGUACGGCAUGCAUGCCGGCAACGACGGCCCGGUUGCCGUCUUCAAGGCGAGCUGGUAUUCGAUGGACAAUGGUGCCGGGUCGACGGCCACGUAUGCCCAACAAGUCGCCACCGCAGCCACGUUCAUGGAGUUUCCCAAACGCUUUUCGCGGUAUAGUUCCCUCUCGGACGCCAUGGACUUGGCAGCGGACACGACCACUCCAGGGACGGAACAUGAUCCGUCCCAAAAGACGACGCAAUUUCUCGCGCUCUGUCGUGUAGUCAUGCAGCACGUUGCGAUUGUCCCGUCGGCCUCGGCAUCGCCGUCGUUUCCGCCCACAUCGAUUGACACCAUGUACUUCCACGCCGAGGAAGAAUACUUUGUGCGGCACGGACACUACGUGGUGCCAGAGUUUUUGAUCCAAGUCGAAGUGGACGCUUCCGUCGCGCCGCUCGGAGCCUGUCCAUCCAACUCGGCGGCGGGAAUCGAACACGACCACGAGGAUCUCCCCCCAGUGCUCGCACCGACGCUACACGGGCCACAUGAUGCGCUGCCUCGCCCGACAGCAUUUCCAUUUGAACCAGCAGCGCCUACAAACGUUGGUGGCGGAGGGUAUGGCAACAAUGCGGUGAAGGGACUGCGCAAGACCAAGCCAGAAUUGUUUGGUACGACUGCACUACGUGCCGAACCCGUCCCCGUCGUUUCCGAGCCGUGGACGCCCGACCAGUUGAAAACGCAGUGGCAGGGCGUGCAACAGAGUGUUUUCCACGCGACCGUGGCUGCACUCCAUGAAUUUUGGGACCACAUGGGGCAAGCGUGGCGUCUCCACCGCGACAACUCAACGUCGUCGAGCCUCGGGCCCAAUAACCAAAGCGCCAGCGAUUCGCAUGACCCGCUGGCAUCCGACCAAACCAACAAAGCCAAGGUCAAGUCGUCGCUCCAGUCCAAAGUCAAAUCGGUUGUCGCGAGAAGCCCAUACUUGCCUGCGCCGCCUGGUCGAUAGCAGUGUCGAGCCAUCCGUCUCGAUCGUCGACACGGCGUUGGUACAGUUUCAAUAUCUCGCACGAGGGCCGUCAGAGAUUCAUAUGUGGAGACUGUGCGCACCCACGUAGCUCGUUCACUGGGAAACGAUGCACACUCCUUGAACAGAAUCGUUGUAAUCGAAGAGAUCCAUCAGGGGCG